AUGACGUCAUCUUUUCUGAUAUCACCUUCAAUACCAACAGGAAAUAAUCGUCGUAUUGAACUUGCUGGUAUGGAUCUAUGGAUAUUGGCACAUAUAAAUAAUAUAUUUGUUUAUCCAGCUGAAAUAAAAAUUGAUCAACUUAAAGAAGCACUUAGUCGAACUCUUUCUUUAUGGCCAUUAGUUGCUGGUCGUACUAUAUUAGAAAAUGAUCAACAUUAUAUUAUUGAAAUGUGUGACAAUCCUAUUCCAGUAACAUUAGUCGUUAAUAACGAUUUGAAAGAAUGGCCUCUAGAUUCAAAUGUUAUUGUAGAAGUAGAUAACAAAUUAUUUCCAACAUUUAUUGAUGAAGUUCAUUUAACAGAAUUCUUUAAAAAUUCAUCUAAUGAACCACUUGUUCGUUUAAAAUUAACUCAUAUUGUACAAAGUAAUGAAUGGGCAUUAGGUAUUAGUUGGUAUCAUCCGUUAGGUGAUGCUGCUGCAUGUUUACAUUUUUCUAGUACAUUAUCACGUUUUUAUCAACAAAUGGAACCUAUACAACCAUUACCAAUAUUUGAACGACGUUUAUGGCGAGAAGAUGAAAGUGAUCAAUCAGUUUUACCUAUAGCAAAGCAAUUUUUAGAUGCUCAACCUCUAGAAGAAGUUUCAAAAAUAUUUGUUGAUCAUCAACAAAAUUAUGAUCCAGUAUAUUUACAUUUUUCUGGUCAACAACUUGCUACAUUACAAACAUUAGCUGGUGAAAAUAGUAUAACAAUACAAGAUGCACUUACAGCCUAUAUUAUAUUAACACUUAAUACAUAUUGUUAUAAUAAUAAUGAUGAACGUCGUAUUUUACAUGCAAUUACAAUUGUUAAUAUUCAUGGUGUUUCAGAUUCUAUUGCUCCACAAGGUCAAGUUUCCAAUUCUUUAUUUAUGAUGUUAUCCGAUGAUUUCGAAGAUCCAUAUUCAUUAUCAAAUAUUGCAACGACAAUACGUCGAUCGAUUAUUAAAUUACGUGAUCCCAAAGUUCUUGAACCAGCAGUAGCUACUGUUGAUGGAUUAAUGAGAAAGAAUGCCAAAAAUAAUAAAUCACCAAAUCCUCGACUUAUUCCAAAUGAAUUUGCUAUUAAUUCAAAUUAUAGAUAUGAUUGGGCAGAUUUAGUUGAUUUUGGUUAUACAGAUAAAUGUCGAUUUUAUACACAGUGGACAGGUGUAUUAUAUUUACGUGUAUUUCGUCUAAAUCCUGAAAAAGAUGAAAACAAAUGGUUACCAAGAGAUCGAGAUGGAGCUAAAAUAUCAUUUCGAAUAGAAAAAAAUUUGAAAGAAAAGUUUAUUAAUGCAUGUAAACGAGAUAUUAUUGAAAAUUUUCAAAAUAUAAAGAAAUAG